AUGAACUCCACGCUUCCCGCUACCGACUCGGAUCACCCGCACGUAUCCGUGAUUGUCGUCGGCAGCGGCGCACCGUUACAGUCCAUGGGAUGGUACCACGCCGUCCAACUCCUGGACGGUCGCAUCCCGUCCGCACAACUCGAUCACGUCGUCGAGCCUUGGUGGACGUGCGACGAGGCCCGGGGGACUCUGGAAUACACCGCUUUUGCCGAUUGGCAACAGACACUCCAACAGCGUCCCGGUGGUGGCGUCCAGUGUUGGUCCCACGUCGCUGACGUACCGGAAUCCACCACUCCCAACGUCCCCCGUCUCGUUAUUCUCAGUGCGCGGACGAGCGAGAAUCCAAGACUCUUGGCCGAGUGUCUGCGUCACCUCGACUGUCGCGCCAUCUUUUUAGAAAAACCCGGUGCUCCCACCGUCCGAGAACUCCAACUCAUGCAGACCCAAGCCGCAGCGGCGGGGGUCAAGGUCUACCUGGGAUUCAACAAGAACGUCAGUGCGUACUUGACGCAAACGCGUCUCUUUGCAGAGCAUGCCGACGAACCGGUCGACGUGACCUUUCUACACAACAACGCCUACCCCAACGAACCUGCGGCCUUGGCCGAAUGCUUCGAACGCAACGCCGAAGGUAUGCUCAAGAACAUGGCCAUUCACGAACUCGCCAUACUUGCCACCUUUUACGACGUGACGGUCGACAACAUUGCCUCCGUACACGUCGACCGUGAAUUCUCUCUCUGCCAAACACUCAUCGGACCUUCCACGGGACAAUCCUACACCGACUUUGUCAAACUACGCUUCCGCAUCGUCACAUGGAACGGAAAAUCCGCCAGUAUUGCGGCCGAUCGCUGCGGCGGCGACGAUUCGGUCGGCAUCGUGACCAACUCUCACGCCACCGAACUCGCACGCUUUAUCAUGCCCGAUGCCGACGCCCUGGCCCAAAUCCCCAUGCUCGCCGCGCGCUACCCCGGGGCCCGGCCCUACUUUUUCACCCAGGAUCCGGAUUAUCGUACCCUCAAGGAACGUGUCGUGCAAUACUGUCUCGACGGGACCCCGCCCCAUGGUGUCGCCGAUUUGGACAUUGCAAUUACCGCCCUCCAACUCGCUGAAUAUCUCACACCUAUCCUACAAGCACAGCUUGCGGAAAGCUCUGCCUAG